GUCCUGAAGCGCCUCCCCAGGUGCCAGGUUGUCAGAUCCACACCGGCCUGGCUCGAUCGGAAUUUCGGCCAGCCUAGCGACGUUCUGGGACACUCAAACGGCAAUCCGGCAACACCACCCACUAAGAAACGUCAAGUUUUAGGGCGCCACGGCGCUCUAUGACGUUUCGAUAACCCCACAUGAGCAUUGAAACAGAGAAUGCCAAGCAUCUCGAACAAAUUCAUUGCACGAGGCUACAACCUCUUGUCCUUUUCAUCUAUCCAUCUACAUUUGUGAAGCUGUUCCUACGGAUAAAUCGCUCUCUCAGCCCGUCUUAUGCGAUAACCCCGCACCACAAUAAUGGCGGUAUCUGAAAACGUGGUGAGGCUGUGCCAAGCUCCCGACACAGUCAGUUCGCUUCUGGCAAAAAGUCCGGCUGAAGCGCCCGGAAAGUUCGUGGAGCAAUUAUACGGGCAUCUUGAGAAAGAUCUCCGCCGCAACCCAGACGAUAAUCGACCGCUGCCAGAUCCCGCGACGCUGUCCUCGGCCCUGCAAUGCGGCCAGUGGGGCCCUACAACACCAAGCCCUUUGUUCCUCCAGGCAUUUGCAGACUCUCUGCGAUGUCUGGACGCGGAUCCUCUGUCCAGCGUGGUGUCUCCCCCAUUGAUGGGCUCGCAUGGAACAGUGCCGUUGACUGUUAUUGCACCUCUGGUGGAUGUCAUUCGCCAUGUUUCUAAUGUCAUCGUGCGGGCCGAGACAGAGGUCAUUUUCAUAACUUGCAACUGGUCGCCUUCAGUUGCUCAGAGACUAAUCAGAAACUCGCUCAUUGAGCUAUCCAGGCGAGCCGGUGAAAGGAAACAAAGGGUUGUUGUGAAAUUAAUGUACGACAAAGCAACCGCGGGGAGUGCGAUUGAUCCACAUCAGCGCGUGAGCCCGUCAACAUACUCUUCUAAGAAAGUUCAACUGCCUGCUCCUGAAAAGGUGCCCAAUCUGGAUAUGGAGGUGGUUAGUCUGCAUAAGAUGGUGCUGGGCACCCUGCACGCUAAAUUUUGCGUCGUCGAUCGCAAGAUAGCGGUAGUAAUGAGCAACAAUAUGGAGGACAACGCCAACAUGGAGAUGAUGACGCAUUUAGAGGGUCCAAUUGUCGACAGCAUAUACGACUCGGCAUUAAUCACAUGGAAGCAUCAAUUGGACCCUCCUCUCCCUUCACAUAAUUCUCCAGCAGCCGAAGGUGGACUACCAACGUCGAGCCAAGAGCCUCUUUACCUGGAUCGGGGAUCUGGCAUAGAUCAACAGCACAUCGCGGCAGCUGGCCAAUCGCUAUCAGCUCUUCCGGAACAUACGCCGGAAGAUCCUCACUACGACGCUGAUCUUGCCGGAGAAAUUGCAAGAAUGCAAUCAUGCUAUUCCACCAAGUCAGGUGAAACUCGCCUUCAAGCUACAAAUCGCCAGCUGAACCUUGCCGUCAAGAACCCAAUUCCACCCACAGGUCCUGAAAUUCCUGACGGGCACGAAAUGACGCCAUAUAUAGCAACUUCCACGGAUUACCCAGUCCCUAUAGCCAUGGUAUCACGCCCCCCCUAUGGAAAUGUCGACUCAAAAAAUGUCUUUGUGCCGCAAAAUGAAGCAUGGCUCUCUCUCAUACGCAAUGCUAAAGAGAGCAUCUUUAUCCAAACACCGGAUUUAAAUGCUGCUCCACUUAUCCCAGCAUUGGCUGCGGCGUUAAAACGCGGCGUUGAAGUCACGUAUUAUGUCUGCUUCGGAUACAACGACGCCGGGGAGAUUAUACCAAGCCAAGGAGGAACAAAUGAACAAGCUGCGGGAAGCCUCCUUUCUCUCCUGCCAAAGGAUGGGCCGGAGCGCAAGUUGUUACAUAUAUACGACUAUGUUGGCAAAGAUCAAGAUCAUCCAAUUCAUCAAAGCUUCCGAACUAGAACUUGUCACGUAAAGCUUCUUAUUGCAGAUGACAGUGUUGGAGUACAAGGAAGCGGCAACCAAGAUACCCAAUCUUGGUUUCAUAGCCAGGAAAUUAAUGUCAUGGUCGAUAGUCCUGAAAUAUGUCUCAAGUGGAGAGAUGGAAUCGAGAGAAACCAGAACACAAGGCUCUUUGGGCGAGUGUCCGACGAUGGAGUUUGGAGAGAUCAAGAUGGAAAUCCAGGAGAGGGGUACAUGGGAGAUCCCAAUGCGGUAGAGGGAUUGAUCAAAGGCGUAUGGGGGAUGUAUCAGAAGAUGCGGCGUGGUGGUUAAAACUGCAGGCUCUAAAUGCUAGUAUCUCAUGUAUAUAGUCAUCGUAAUUGUAAUGAUACAGUUCUAUUACUUUCUCAGCCUCUACGCAUACUUUGCACAUAUUGAU